AACAAUAUGUCCAGCUGGGCCGAACGGGUUCAUCGUCGUGCUGCUGACUUCAGCAGUGUUGUCACUUCAUGUGGCCAUCCAGGUUCAUCUGCGCCCACGUAUCCCUACCGCAUGGAAAAAGUUAAAUUUGGUGUACCCCUGGAUGAGGUGUGCAAAAAUGAUAACAUUCCAGGACCACUAUUGGUUCUCAUACUCAAACUAAAUAAGGAAUCCCCGAAUCGACGUGAUGUAUUUCGUGCACCCGGCCAUCAAGGUGCCAUGAAGAAGCUGAUACAUUUCCUACAAUCAGGACGUCUGGUGAACGUGGACAACUAUUCGGUGUACACAAUAGCCAGUGUUUUGAAGAAAUUCCUGCGAAAAAUACCAAAUGGCAUAUUUGGUCGUUCGGGUGAAAAUGAAUUAUUUGCCAUAAUUGAAUUGAGCAAUGAGGCAGAACAAAAUGAACGUUUACACAAAUUAUUUACAUCACUGCCAAAAUAUACACAACAUUUAUUAGUUUUAUUAUUUGGUACAUUCCGUGUAAUAGCCAGCAAUGCUGCUCACGCUGGGACCGGCAUGACCAGCGAAGCUUUGGGCGUCUCUGUUGCACCCAGUUUCUUUCAGUCAUGUGUCAGUGAUGGCAAGACCGCACGUAUGGAAGAUGUUUUAAAAUUUAAGGUAGCCACAAAAAUUAUGAAAUACAUCAUCGAUAAAUUUGCCACACAUGAUUUGUUUGGUCGUGAAAAUUAUGAAUAUUAUGCCCGGGUAACGGGUCGCAUAUUGAAAGUGCAAGACGAAUGGAUAUGCAGUUUUCAAUAUCCCCCGCCGCCACGCGGCAAAUUGGCCCAACAGAAAUAUGCUUUACAACAUUCAUUGGAAGCGGAAAAAACAUGGUUACAGUGUCAAUGCGAACGUUGGGGUUUACUUGCUCAAGAGGAAUCUCGUUCAACACCCGCCUUGCUAACCAGUUCUAGCUCUGCUUUGGAUAAUAGUGUUGUAUCACUUGGUGUAACACCCGAACAUUCAUUUAUGGAAUCUUGUGCUCGACUCUCUGUUUCUUUAGAGGGUCCUGGUCUAUUUGCGAUGACUUCUUCGCCAUUGCCAAGCCGUAACAAACACGAUUUUCAGCCAGACGAUGAAGAUGAUGACAUAGACGAGAACGAGUAUCACGACGACGACGACGAUGAUGAUGAAGACGACGACAACAAUGGCGACAAUGCCAACGGUGGCGGUAACAAUGCCGAAGAGGACAUCGCCAACGAUUUAGACAUUUCCUCCCACAAUGAUGAUGAGAACAUUGAAAAUCAAUCGAAAAAUGCAAAUUUCCACUUAACGUCCUCGUCCACCUCGACGUCGGCAGGUAGAUCGCGGCGAACUCUGAAGUCACGAUCGUCCUCAAACGAUGCCGGAGGAGCAGCAUCGGGCGAUUAUACAUUCACCGACAGCCAGGACGAUGUAGAUGGCGAUGAAAUGAUGCGUUGUGUGGUAAAGCGGCGUUACAAACAGAACAAAAAGAAAUCGCCCAGCACUUCGAAUACCGCCCAAAUGCGUGGCGUCCAACAGCAAAGACGACUACGAACAAUCACUAACAAUUCCAAGAGUAUAGACACCACACAUUCUACGACGACGACAACGUCGGCGGCAACGACAACGACUUCGCAACAUCAUAACGAAUAUCUAAAUGACUAUGAAUUUAUUGGUAAAUCUUCGACAUCAACCUCCACGCUGAAGGCCCUGACCACCGACCCGUCACUGCUGACACAAAACAUGCAGCAAAAGUCACGAGUUUGUUCACGAUGCAAGCGAGGCAUACGCCACUCGUCCUCGUGCUCCUCGUCGACGGCCUCGGGCGGUGGGGCUGCGGCCAAUGGCACCGGUGGUGGCGGCAGUGGCAUGACUAUGGACGAGUUGAGAGCCGUCAAUCGUUAUGCUGAAAGUACAAAAAGUUUAUCCUACUUGCCACAGGUGAGGGAUGAAUACUUGCUUGCUUCAAGGAUUUCGUUGGCAACAUCCGUUUGAGCAACAGUGCCGAAUCGGUGCAGUAUCCGGUGCGCAGACCCUCAACCAGACGCAUACUUCUAGGCGCCAACAUACCCCGGCAAUAUCCGUUGCGUUCUUCGUUGCGACGCCACAAAGAGAAACAGGUGGGCAAC